AUGAAAGAGCUCUUAUCGGAAAAGCGUAAGUUGAAGCACGAUAUAAACAUCACUUUUACGGAAGAGUGCAUCACAAUCAUUCAAAUAAUGCUUUCAUCCAAACUCACUGAUCUAGAUAGGUUUACUUUUCCUUUUUCUAUUAAUUCACUAACUAUUUGCAAUGCUUUAUCUGAUUUAGGAACUAGCAUUAAUAUGAUGCCGCAAUUUAUGACGAGGAAGUUAAAUUAUGCUGAGCUAAAGUCAACUCACAUGACUUUAACAUUAACUGAUCGUUCUAUCAUGUAUCCAUAUGGAUUUCAUGAAGAUGUUCUGGUUAGAGUGGAUGAUUUGUUGUUUCCAACAAAGUUUGUGAUUUUUUACAUGCUAGAAGAUUCUAAAACACCACUACCUCUCGGAAGACCGUUCUUAGAAACAUGUAAAGCUCCUAUUGAUGUGGAAAUGGGAUAA